CCAUUUUUCAAUCAGCAACAUCAUUCGGACCAUGUCGUUUGGAUAACCCAGUCAAAAUGUAUGCAAUAAUUUACCAUCAUGUUACCUAAUAAGUCCCGUUAUUUACAUACGUAAUGAAGUCGAAACAGCAAGAAUGAUUGUGGCAACUUACAACUGUGGCUGUCCAGCUAAACCUUCUCUGAUUCCUGAAUCAGUCGGAUUACAAGCACCUUGUUCACCUUGUUGCUUUCAAUCGUACGGCGCUCCACACCGUUCGCAAAUACAAACAGCACAAUGUUGUACACGCUCCAAAAUUACAAAAAAACCAGAACACAUCUAUCCGAUAUCUAAAGGCGAGGCUUGUUGCUGCAUCAAUCGUAAAAGUUUUCUUCACGUACCGUCCAGUUCAGCGCGUGUUCCUUCCGCUCGCAGCGAUCUCGGCAUCGAAAGAGAGCGUGAGCAAGCAGUUUCCGAAGAGCAGAAGCAAAUCGAUUUGAAGAACGUCGAGAUGUCCGAGGCGGAGCAAGCCCCAACUGACACAGUCGUGUCUGAGAUCGUUAGAAAAGAGCAGCCGUACAAGGAGAUUGAGGCUAUCAUCAAUGAAAAUCGCGUCACCAUCAGGAUGCACAAGGAGUCGGUCAAAGAGGAAUACGAUCCCCCGUGCGAAUGCAUCGGUCAAGUAGCUUCAAAAGAGUCGGCGUCGAACCAAAGAAGGUGCGACGACGGCGUCACGUUCGACAUGGCCCACGGAAAUUUAGAGCUCUGCAGUACUCCUCGAGAGGAGUACGCGCCGUUGUCGGCGAAGAAAACCUGCGAGGAGGCGGGAUGUCGCACGGUCACGUUGUAUCCGAGCGUGAAGGACGAUGUCAGAAGCGCUCCUACAGGUUACCGUAUGGAGAGCAGGGAAGCCAAAAGGUCAAAGGUGGUGAAAACGAUCGAUCUUGAGGAAAAUCCGAAUAUAUUCCUGCUGAGAAUUAGGAAGCACUGUGAUAGCGGCGAUAGAAGACAGACAAUCGAUCUUGAAUUCCGCGCACCUCGUCCAUGGAAGAAGAAAAAGGAUCUUAAACCUAAAACAUUAGAGGAACAUGAAGAUACUGACAAGAAGUAUGUGGAUGACAUUGACCAAGAACAUAAAGACUACACCGACAAAAAGUAUAAAGACGACGAGAAACAUAAGGAUGGCAUUGACGAAAAGAUCGAUGCUCACAAGGAGAAAGACGAAUAGAAAAUUUUACAAUAAUACUUGUCAAAACACUUUUAACUAUGUAUCUUGCUCUCAAUUUAAUUUACUAUAUUUUCCAUUAUCUCAGUAAAUUUUAUAUAUAAUAAUAUCACUGAUAUCUUUGUACGAAAUAUUAUGCAUUUAAAAUGAUAACAAAAGUAUGACAAGAA